AUGAAAGAUCUUGGCAAGAUCUUGACAAGAAUUUCAGACAAUCUUGGCAAGAUUUUGGCAAGUAUGGCAAGAUUGAAUAAUCUUGGCAAGAUAUUGGUUAUAUCUUGGCAAGAUCUUGCCAAGAUUAGUGUCUUGCCAAGACCUUGCCAUGAUCUUCCAAGAUCAUGCAAGAUCUUACAAGAUCUUGCCAAGAUCUUCAACCUGGGUUUUGUAGGCAUAUUGUAGCUGUCAUUCAUUUUAAUUUCAACCUCAGAAGAGAAAUAAAAAGAAACGAUUGAGACGAUUCUGAAAGAGUGAAGAUCAGCUAUCCAAAAUUCAAGAAUGGUGAGGCAACAGUUCGGAAUGUUAGAGUUGCACAGAACUUUGGUAAGUUUUCGUUUAUCUGCAUAUAACAAUUGUUGUGCUGAGUGGUUAUAUUACUACCUUAAAAAUAAGCAGAAACUCUAAGUGGUAGUAAUAUAACCACUCAGCACAGCAUUUUCACAUUGGUACUACCUACACUGGUACAGACAGUUUUAGUAUAUAGCAAUUGUGUCCCUUUAAUUUAUUUAUUACAUCACACCUCUUCUUUCAGCAUAUAUACAAGAAAUAUACGAGACAUUUGAAUUGGCUAGCAAAGCCGACCUGAAAGAUGCAGCUGUAAAGCUGAAAGAAAUGUGCCCACCCCCAAUGAAUACAAUGCUCAACAAGCAAACAAAGAGAGAAGCAUUAAGAAAGAGAUCUGACAGGAGUUAA